AACUAAUCCAACUUGCCGCCUACAGAAUGAUGGCACAGAUUAGCAGAAUGCUCCUUGCUCUGAUGUUGAGUUUGUUUGUUGGAGCUUCAACUUUCAUCUUAUCUCCUGCAGCGGCCUUCCAGCUGCCGCCCUGUCAGCUCAUCAACCAGACAGUGUCUCUGGAGAAAGAGGGCUGUCCCAGCUGUCACCCAGUAGAGACAACCAUCUGCAGUGGACACUGCAUCACCAAGGACCCUGUCAUCAAGAUACCAUUCAGCAAUGUGUACCAGCAUGUGUGCACAUACCGGGACCUGUACUAUAAAACAUUUGAGCUUCCCGACUGCCCACCUGGUGUAGACCCGAUCGUCACCUACCCCGUGGCUUUGAGUUGCCACUGCGGUCGCUGUGCCAUGGACACAUCUGACUGCACCUUUGAGAGCAUGCAACCGGACUUCUGCAUGAAUGACAUCCCUUUCUACUACUAAAAGAAGCUCAAUCACAUUUAAAUACAUUAUACAGAGUAUAUGGAAGCUGCCCUGUUGUUUAGAAUCAACCAGUAAUAAAAAAAAUAUAUGUUUCUGCAAUCGAAAUAAACACAUGAUGAAUA